AAUAUGGGUUUGAGUGAUUCUACUGACUACAUUACUUAUAUGUUUAGAAACAUGUCAGUUGAAAACGAUUCUGCAGUCAAUAAGUUAAACCCACCUAGCUUUUAAAAAAUACGUAAAUGUUUAUAUCAUUUCUGUGAAUAUUCAUUUUUAUCUGUAUCCUCUGUAAAUAGUUUUGGUGACGUACUCAUUACUGACAUUUUUUAAAGUCUAUGAAAAAUGUUUUAAAAAUCAAAUAUUUAUGAGAAGUACAAGAAGACAAGUGUAGUUUCCUUGUCUUACUGUGUACUGUUUAUGUACUGUUACUUCACACACAGAAGUGCCAUUGUUAAAAUAAUCUUAUCUAUUUUUAAAAUAAACUUAUCUAUUUUAAUAACGUCUCAAACCUAUAUAUUUUAUUAAUAGUACUUUUCAUGUAAAUAAAGUUUGACUGUGAUAGACCUUUAACAAUUCUUUCUUUUAAGUAUCUUAUUUUCUUUCAAUACUAUUUGAACAAGCAAAGAAAU